AUCCUUCGCAAUAAAAGCCCUGUUGUGUUUCGUGUCGGCGGCGCGCGGCCCAGAUGGAGGCCCUUCGUGGAGCCCAGAGGUCGGGUCUGACUGCCACCAGGCCUUGGAGGGUCGAAUCUGAUUUCUCCUUCAGUUCCUCUGCAGCUUCCACUCCUGUCUUACUUUUCUCCCUGAGAUUCGGCUCUCCUGUCCGCACCGGCCGCAGAGAAGGAAUGGUGGCCGACAGCAUGAACGCCGCUGGGUCCGCGGGCCGCCGCUGGAGCCCAUUCCGCAGCAUCAAGGUGUUUGUGCUGUGCCACAGUCUGCUGCAGCUGGCUCAGCUUCUCGUGUCAGGCUACAUGAAGAGCUCCAUCUCCACCAUCGAGAGGCGCUACGGCCUGUCCAGCCAGAAGUCCGGGAUCCUGGCCGCCUUCAACGAGGUGGGGAACACCGUCCUCAUCGUCUUUGUGAGUUUCUUCGGCAGCCGCGUCCACCGGCCGCGGUACAUCGGGGGCGGAGCUCUGCUGGCGUGCUUGGCCUCGCUGCUGAUGGCGGUGCCUCACUUCCUGAGUGGAGAGUACACCUACACGGACAAGAUCACCACAUCCAGCGGUAACAAGUCCGGCCUCUGCUUCUCCUCGUUGCCCUCCAACCAGACGUGUCAGAAGGAGGACAGCGACACCCAGUGGGCCGUCUACCCGCUGCUGCUGCUGGGCCAGCUGCUGCUGGGCAUCGGCGCCGUUCCCAUCCAGCCCUUCGGCAUCUCCUACAUCGACGACUACGCCAGCAGGAGGAACUCUCCGCUCUACCUUGGCAUCCUUCUGGCCAUGACCUCCAUCGGCCCGGCGAUCGGCUUCGUCACCGGAUCCUUCCUGCUGCGCUACUAUGUGGACUUUGACAAACUGUCCAGAGAUGAGAUAAAGCUGGAUCAGAAAGACCUCCGCUGGGUCGGGGCCUGGUGGCUGGGCUUCCUCGUGGCCUCCAGCUUCCUCUUCCUCACUGCUCUGCCGUACCUGUUCUUCCCCAGAGAGAUGCCCAAAGAGAACGGAGCGGACGACCAGGAGUCUGGAACCGACAUCGAGCCGCCACCGAAGACCGACCCCAUGAGGGAUCUCACCCUGCUCCAGUUCCUUAAAAGUUUCCCUCGCAUUGCCCUGCGGACGCUGAGCGGCCCCAUCUACCUGCUGGUGGUUCUGGCGCUGGUCAACAUGGCGGCGCUGGUGUCCGGCCUCGGCACCUUCAUGCCCAAGUUUAUCGAGAAGCAGUUCAGCCAGACCAUUCCCUUCUCCAACAUGAUGAUUGGAGGAAUCGGGAUGCCACUGGCGGUGCUGGGUGUGGUUCUAGGCGGAGCUCUGAUGCGACGGUUCAACAUGUCAGUCGGCGGCGCCAGCAAGCUGUGCACGGUGGCCAUCUUUCUCUGCCUGAUCUCCGCCCUGCCCAUGCUCUUCAUCGGCUGCUCCACCCAAAAGGUCGCCGAGGUUUACCCUGUCAGGUACAGUUACCCACAGUGCAGCGCUGGCUGUGGCUGUCGUCCGGAUGCUUUCAAUCCCAUCUGCGGUUCCAAUAAUGAGGAGUACAGGUCUCCUUGCCACGCUGGCUGUUUGGCCAAAGAAAUGGACGCCAGCAACAAACCCACGAACUUCACAGACUGCCGGUGCAUCUCUAACGGUUCUGGUUCGGCCCGGCCCGGGACCUGCGGCAGUGGCUGUUCCCACCUCCUGCUGCCCUUCAUCAUCCUGAUGGGGAUCACCAGCUUCAUCAUCUCCUUCACCCAGACGCCCUCCUACGUGAUGGUACUCAGGACGGUUCCACCUGAAGAUAAGUCCUUUGCUGUGGGAGUUCAGUACAUGCUGUUCAGAGUCCUCGCGUUUCUGCCCGGCCCGGUUCUGUAUGGCAGCGUCAUCGACACGACCUGCAUCCUGUGGGGUGAGAAAUGCGGACAGAGGACUUCCUGUCUCUACUACAACCUGGACAACUUCAGACAAAGGUUCCUGGGUCUGAUGGUGGUGUUUGUCUGCGGAGCGCUGCUCUGCUUCCUGCUGACCAUGGUCGUCCUGAGGAGAAGAGGCGGAGCUUCCCAGCUGCCGCCCGGAACCAAAGCACGCUACGAGAUGGUGGGAGAGCAGGAAGCUCCGGAGAAAGAGGAGACCUCAUUGAAGACCUGAAGAGAGGCAGCCGGAGGACAAGCAGGAAGUGCUCCUGACCGGAACAGGAAGUGCUCCUGAUGGGAAAAGGAAGCUGCUCACUGGUUUUCCUGAUGAUGGCAUAAAGAUCCGGUCGGCCCUAACAAGACAGUGUUUCUAUGUUUGUGCCUCUACUACUCUGCACCCUCUGGUGACGUUUGCUGUGAGUUUUUGUACACAAAAUGUUUUUGUGCACAAUUUUUUACCCAUUCUGUGUAACCUCAGUGGGUUCUGAAGCCCGAUGCAGAACAAAGACAGUAAAGUGAACUUUAAAUGUUUUUUAUGGGACUUUUCUUUGUGAAAUACAGCGCAGCUUUCAAAGUGAAUACAGAAGCAUCGUGAAAAGAAAAUAUAAGCUCCUUCCAUUAGCAGUGAACUGCAGUACUGACCUGAACCCGGUUCAUUCUGUGCAUAAACCCAGACUCUGUCUCAAAGGCUGCUCCAGUUAAUCGUUCAGACAUCUUCUCUCUAACCUGACAACAUCCACUUUAGACAGUGACUUCAGAAAUCUGCCUUUAAGUAGCUGCACUUCUGCUACCAUCCACUAGGUGCUGCUCAAAUGAUCAGAGCUCUAAAUGAAGAGGAAGAUGAGGUGAACGGCUGAUGAAGACGUCUGCCAGACUCUAAGAGACGAACAAUAAUCUGUGAAUUCUUUGGAUCAGAGCAAACGUCCCGACUUUCCUGCUGCUGCUUCAUGUUUUCAGACGUUGAACCAAAUUUCAGGCUCAACGAUACUAUUUUAUAUAUCUCUACUGCAUAUAAAAUGUAUUUUUCUACAAGUGUGUUUAAGAUUUUUGAUUGAAACUUCUGGACCUUUUCAAAAAUACUAAAGCUUGUUUUAUAAACUGUG